UUUCAUGCUUGUACAUGGCACUUUCCACCUGAUUGUUUACCUGCCGUUUUGCACACGGCUGCACACCUUUUACCCGGAAGUAUCAAUAUUUUAUGUAUAUAAUCCUCGGCUGUUUGAGGUACUGUAUGCCUGAUGAAGACCCCGGUUCAGGGCCGAAAUGCGUUGCAAUAAAGUACCUAUAUCCAAUCUGCGGGACCAGCGCCUUCAUUUGGGGGACUAUUUCCUCUUUAACCUUCCUGCAAUUUUACCGGACUGACUGACAUGACCCCCAGGAGUUUCCCCUUGCGGCUCACCUGCACUUUUAUUUCCACAAGCUACUGUAGGCUUUGUGCUCUUAGCACAACACCUAAGGAUAAGGACAUUAUUUUCUAUAUGUUCCUCACCCAAGCGAUCUUCACUAGGAACGCACCUUGAUGCAGAUGGAUGACGACUCAGGAGGAAAGUCGAAGAAACGCGAGCCAUUCAAAAGGAAACAUCGGAUUAAAACAUCCACGUCUAAUGAGAAAGAACCAGCUGAACAACAAGCCCAGACCUCCAUAACCAUCACAGUCACCAAAGACCAAGAGCUUCAGGAGAAAAGAAGGGAGUCUGUAGACCAAAAUAACAUUAAAGAUGGGCCUAUUAUAGUAGAGCCAAAGGAGGGCGGUGAAGGCGAAAAUGCUGAGCAGAAACUAGAGGAGGUGAAUGAAGACCAAGGAGAGAAGGAACCCGAAAAGCCAAAAGAAGUGGCUCCAAAAGAAACCGAGUCAAAAGGACCAUUGAUUGUACCAGAAGCAGCAGUGCCUCCAUCAAAAUCAGGAACGACCCCCAGGAAAGCUCCAAAAUUUAAACAGAGGGCAACAAGGCAGUUCAAGAGUAAACCACCAAAAAAGGGGGUUCUAGGUUUUGGCGAUGACAUUCCCGGCAUGGAUGGACUUGGCACAGAUAUUACCGUGAUUUGCCCUUGGGAGGCGUUCAGUCACUUGGAGCUGCACGAACUGGCCCAGUUUGGUAUCAUCUGAGGACGCUUUAUGGGAUCCCAAAGUCCACAAGCUUCAUGGCGGACAUCUAAAAAUUUAGAAAAAAAAAACCAAAACGAAAAUGGAAUUCCCUAAAUGAAGACGUAUUUUUCUACAUUUAGGGAAUUCCGGGGGCGAAUGUCUCAUUUACAGUUGUGGUCCAGAAGACAUCUGACCCCCCCCCCCCCCCUCCCCCUGGAUGCCAGUCUUUAGUGAAGGUUGCCAUUUUGUAAGCUCACUAGGUACUGCCGUAGGUUUUAUGACCGAUAUUACCGACACAUGAUCAUGUGACACUGGUUUUGAAUAUUCACCACGAAAUUGCUAGCCUCCGCCAUUAUAUACGUGUGCAUUGCUACCUACCAUAUCUGGCGGCCAGCAGUUCCAGAAUUUGCGUGAAAACAAUUAAACAAUACCGCCACCUGGUGCGUAGGUGAUGCAACUGCUACAGGAUUCUCUUUUAGUUACUCCCUAUGCCCCCCAGCUUGAAAUUAGUGACAGAAAUGGCGAGAUUUCCUGAGACAACGCAAAUCUGAAACUUACCCUAUAGUCGUCCCAUUUUAGAGAAUUCAAUAUUUCUUAAUCUAAACCCGUAACUCUGUAGUCUCUAAACUGCAGACCUCCAGC